GGGGAGGGCUCGGGCGGGGAGGAGAGGCGGGCGGCGCCUAGAGCGUGGGCGGAGGCGCGGGCCAUGCUCCGGCUAGGGCCUGCCGGGGCCCGCGCCAUCGUGGACAUGUCGUACGCGCGCCACUUCCUGGACUUCCAGGGCUCCGCCAUCCCGCACGUCAUGCAGAAGCUGGUGGUGACCCGCCUGAGCCCCAACUUCCGCGAGGCGGUUACCCUGCGUCGGGACUGCCCGGUGCCGCUGCCGGGGGACGGAGACCUCCUCAUCCGCAACCGAUUUGUUGGCGUCAACGCAUCUGACGUAAACUAUGCAGCGGGUCGCUAUGACCCCUCCGCUCGGCUCCCCUUCGACGCGGGUUUCGAAGGCCUCGGGGAGGUGGUCGCCUUGGGGCUGUCUGCUAGCGCCAGGUACACGGUGGGCCAGGCAGUGGCUUACAUGGCGCCUGGCUCUUUUGCAGAGUACACGGUGGUACCAGCCGCCGUUGGAACCCCAGUGCCCGCCUUGAAGCCCGAGUAUCUUGCCCUGCUAGUGAGUGGCACCACCGCGUACCUCAGCCUGAAGGAGCUCGGCGGACUGGCAGAAGGGAAAACAGUGUUGGUCACAGCAGCAGCCGGGGGGACAGGCCAGUUUGCUGUGCAGCUUUCGAAGAUGGCCAAGUGCCACGUCAUCGGAACCUGCUCCUCUGACGAGAAGGCCAGUUUCCUGAAGUCCAUCGGCUGUGACCGCCCCAUCAACUAUAAAACCGAGGACGUUGGCUCUGUCCUCAGGCAGGAGCACCCAGAAGGGGUGGAUGUGGUGUACGAGUCCGUAGGGGGAGCCAUGUUUGACCUGGCCUUGGACGCUCUUGCCACCAAAGGGCGCUUGCUGGUCAUCGGGUUCAUCUCUGGCUACCAAAGCCCUUCCGGCCUCUCACCGGUCAAGGCAGGAGCUCUGCCCGCCAAACUGCUCAGGAAGUCUGCCCGCGUCCAGGGCUUCUUCCUGAACCAUUACCUUUCCCAGCUCCGAGCAGCCAUGGACCACUUGCUGGAGAUGUGUGCGCGCGGGGAGCUGCUCUGCAAGGUGGACCUGGGAGAUGGGGCUCCAGGGGGCAGGUUUACUGGCUUGGAGUCUGUGUUCCGCGCUGUCGAUUACAUGUACAUGAGGGAGAACACUGGGAAAAUUGUGGUUGAAUUACCUCACUCUGUCAACAGUAAGCUGUAAAAACAGAACAAGGAUAUAAAUCAAAAGAGAAAGAAAAUGGGCACUUUAUGUCUUGGAAUUACUAAAAUCAAUUUAUUUUUAGUUGAUAGUGGAUAUAAUAUUUCUUAAAACGAAAGUAAGGUGUUAAUGAAUCUGUUUCUCUCUCUCUCUUUUGUUCCCCCCUCCCUUGAAAAUAACGUGCUAAUAAAACUUCCCUGGAUGGCUAAGAGGUAAAAC